AAAAUUAAAAGGAAAAAAAAAAAGAUGGAGAUAAUUACCAAAAGACCUCACCAUCAUCUCCUUCAUGGACUAAAAGGCCCGGCCUUCUCGAGCCCUAAGCCAUCAAUCGAGAAGGAACGAGAUUAUUUGGAUGAAACCCUAACCCUAACUUCCCUAAUUCUCAUCCUCAUAUCACUACUACUCCUCCAAUCCCAUCAAAAUCCCAUCUUUGUGCCUUUCUCUUCUUCUCUCUCGCCCUCCGCUUCGAUUCUCUACCGAGUUUCUGUGGCUUUGAGGUCUCGGGAAUCUUCGCCAAGGAUACUUUCUGAUGGAAGCUUUUGGAGGUUCUGGAUUCAGUGGUGUAUCUGCAGUGAAAAGACGGAGAACUGUUACGUCUAGGCGGCCUCGACCAGAUUCUCAGUUUGUAGUGGAGAACCGUGAUCAAUCUCCACCUUCGUCUACUCCAUCUUCUGAUAAUGCAACCAAGGUUUCUUCCGAUGACAAUACCUCUUAUGCUCCUAGUUUCCCAAGGAAAGAGUUCAGUCUGAACAGCUCUUCACAAAAGGUUGCUUCAAUUAAUAAAAUUGAAGGUUUGGGUUCCUCGAAGAAGAUCAGGAGAGAAGAUAGGAAGUUUGGAGAUGUGGAUGCAUUAUAUAGAAGUAGUAGUUCAAGAGGCAGUGCACCAGGACAUAGUGGCUCGGAAUUAAGGCGAUCUAGCGAAGGUGCCCUUGCUCUGGCUAACUGGAAAUCUAACAAUAAAGCCAGAGAAAACAUUGAAAUGCAGGCGAGAUCCCCUGAUGGGCAUGUUGGUAGGAAUGGUGAUGGCUAUGGCAUGAGCCAGUCAGCUGGAGGUUCCAAUGGAUCUGCUGAGAGUAAGCAGUUAAAGAAGGUGAAGCUCAAGGUUGGUGGAGUUGUACGCACUAUUCAUGCAAAAUCCAAUUUGGAGACUGGCAACACAGUUGAUUCAUCAACUAAGGUUUCACGUUCUUCAGAUUCUUCUCGGCAUCGACAAAAGCUUAUUCUUCCGGAAACAUCAGAUGAGGAGGACUCUCCCUCUGAAAGAGGAAAUUCCGCAACACAGGUAAUGGGCAUGGAAGGACUUUGGAGGUGGAUUUUCUCGUGGAACAAAGGUAGACUCGAGGGGCAAAAUAACAGAAGGCAGUUUGUCCAUGAAGAAGUAGACAGAUCCCAAAGCAUUAGCUCUUCUGAGCCUACUCGUAAAAGCAAGAGAGUUCCUAAGAAGCGGGUUUUAGAUGGUGCAUUUGAUGAAGUUGAUGAAGAUGAUGAGAUUCGCUAUCUUGAGAGGUUGAAAAUGGCAAAGGUCACAAGAGAUUAUAGCGCUGAGAAUGAAGAUGAUGAGGAGGACAGUUUAAAGAAAAAGAAAAUAUCAAAAAUGUCCAAGAGUAAGAGAACUGGAUAUGAUAUUGAUGAGGAUUAUGUGUCCCGGUCGGGAAAGGACAAUCGAAGGAGAUCAAAAUCAGGUAAAGAGUCUGAUGAUGCUGAUUACAUGGAAGAGGAAGAACCUGGUUCUGAUACAGGACUAGAGGCCAAAAAGAAGAAGCAGAAAGAGCCGGUUGAUGCAUUAACUGAUUCGCGAGCAGAGCCUCUCACAACACGUCAACGGGCGCUCCAGUCAAGUAAAGAUGGUAGCACUGGCUCAAGUUUAAUUGAGUUUCCAAAUGGACUGCCUCCUGCUCCUCCAAGAAAACAAAAGGAGAAGCUUUCUGAAGUUGAGCUGCAGGCAAAAAAAGCUGAAGCUGCUCAAAGACGAAGAAUGCAAGUCGAGAAAGCCAAUAGAGAAUUGGAGGCUGCAACUAUAAGUAAGAUCUUAGGACAAGAUCCAAAGAAAAAGAAAAAGGAAGAGGAGAAGCUUAAGGAGCUUGAUGAGAAGGCACAGGAGAGGGCCGCAAACUUUUUGACAUUAGCUCCAAAUACCAUUAGAUGGAUCAUGGGGCCAACUGGCACUGUUGUGACAUUUGCUGAUGAUGUGGGCCUCCCAAGCAUAUUCGACUCCAAGCCAUGCAGUUAUCCUCCUCCCCGUGAGAAAUGCGCCCGCCCGUCAUGUACAAACACGUACAAGUACCGGGAUUCCAAAUCAAAUCUUCCUCUUUGCAGCCUACAAUGCUACAAAGCAACCCAAGGGCAUUCUCAUACAGUAUCCACUUGUUAAUGUAUCAUUCAGGCAUUGUGUGAAUCAUCUGAUAUAUUUUCGAGAAGCAGGUAAUGCUUCAUCUCUUUGAAAGUAGUAGUUUGAACAUAUUAUAGUUCCUACAAUAUGACUUAAUGCCGAAUUGCAUUGCUUGUUCACAUAAAAGAUCGUUCGUAUAUCAUAUAUAGCAGUACUUCCAUGCCAUGGUUGAUUCAUGUGCUCAACAUUCUGAGUAGACUUCGAUGACUGCUGAACAUAAAUCCGGUAACAGGAUGGCUUGCCGAAGAACAAUUACAGAUGUUAAGCUUUGUCAUUGAGAAUGGAUAAGCCUGUACAAAUAGAAGUGAAAAAUUAUUAAUAACAUGCAAGUCCUUUCGGUCACCCCUUGUUGAUCAAGUUUUCAUGUUAAUUCAUUGCCUCAAAUGGAUGAUAGGUUUGUUUUUUUGCAUUGGAAUUCAGAAUGUACAAGCUAUGUUGCUUUCUUGAUAGAAAUGUGGUUGUUUCUUUUU